AUGGCGACGUCCAGGUUACCUCUCGUGGUAGUGCUUGGUGCCACGGGCGCCGGCAAAUCUAAGCUGGCUAUUGAGAUUGCCAAGAUAUUUAAGGGAGAAAUUAUUAGUGCGGACUCCAUGCAGGUCUACAAAGGCUUGGAUAUUAUUACAAACAAAGUGUCCCCGGACGAGCAGCAAGAGUGUCCACACCAUUUGAUCAGCUACCUGGAGGCUGACCAUCGACACUACAACAUUGUGGACUUCAGAGAUGCUGCUCUACCCAUUAUUGAUGACUUACUUUCCAAGCGGAUAUUACCUAUUGUUGUCGGCGGAACAAAUUAUUAUAUUGAAAGCGUUAUUUGGAAUUUCUUAAUUGAUAAAAAGUUAUCGCCAGAAGAUGGGAUUAAUGAUCCAGCAAAGAAUCUCCAGGAUUUCACGGAUGAUUCUAAUGCUUUACUGAGGUGCCUUAAUGGGAUGGAUUCUCUGGAUUUAUACUCACAUCUGCAAAUCAUUGACCCAGGAACAGCUUCACAGAUGCAUCCAAAUAAUCGCAGGAAAAUAAUCAGAGCCAUUCAGGUGUACUACGAGUGUCAGCAGACGAUGUCCUCGCUGCUGAGUGAGCAGCACGAUGGUCAGGAGAAUGUUAAGAGUGGGCCUCUGAGGUAUCCCCACCCGUGCAUCCUGUGGGUCAAGUGUCAACAGCCAGAUUUGAACGCUCGGCUAGAUGGUCGAGUGGAUGAGAUGAUGGCUCGUGGGCUGGUGGCGGAGUUAGAAAACUUCCACAAGGAGGUUGCUCGGCUGGAGGCACUAAAGCGAGACAACAGCUCCUUGGACACAGGGCACACCUACACACAUGGCAUUUUACAGAUGAUAGGGUUCAAGGAGUUCCACGCCUACCUGCAGCUGUCAGUCGAGGACAGGGCCUCCGACAGUGGACAGAAGCUGCUGCAGCAAGGAGUGACAGACCUCAAACUGGCAACAAGACGUUAUGCUCGGCAGCAGGUUCGAUGGAUCACCAACAGAUUCUGUAAUCGUCCUGGGUCAAAUGUUCCCCCCAUAUAUGCAGUGGACUCCACUGACUUAACCCAGUGGGACAAGACAGUGGAAGAGGCAGUCGAAGUAGUCAAGGCAUAUAUUGCUGGAGAGCUACCCAGGAAAGCUCCCGAGAUGGUCGUUCCUAAAGUGGAAACUCAGUUAGAGAGAAAUGUUUGUGAUCUCUGUGGGGGCCGGAUCUUUUUACACUCGCAUGAAUGGGCAGGCCAUCUAAAAAGCAAGAAGCAUAAAUUUAAUGUGAAAAUGCUGGCGGCGAAAAGAAAGCAGUUAAUAGAGUUGCUGUCGGCAAGAGAAGAACAGUUGAAGAAGACGGCAGAUGAGAGUUUGGUAACAGCCCAUGGAAGGUCAGAAGCAUCAUUUCCAGAGGAUACUUUAUUUAAUGUGUUUUUGUGA